AUAUUUGUCCAUUCAUGUUUACGUUCUGUUAAAUGACAGAAGUUUUGUUGAGCAGAAAUAUAAAGUUUACACCGAAUAAAAUCUGGCACUGGACAGUUAUCAGAUUGGCUCAUAGUAUUUCUUUCCGGGUAGUGUUCGCUUCUUACCAAGGCCUCUCGGGCUCGAUCCGGCCUGUGCGUUUGUGAGUUUGGUUGGUUGUCACCAAGCCGGACAAUUGGGUUUAUCCGGGCGCUCAGGUUUCUUCUACAACACAAGACCACACUCUCGUACAGCAUCGUUCCAGUGACAUUGACUUACCACAGGCACUCAUAAGGAUGGAUGCUGUUCCCGGACGAAAGGCACAAAUGGCAUAUGGAUCGGUGACAGACAUCACCUACUGCCAGCCAUGCGCGGAGGACGGCAAGAAAAUCCUCACUGAGGCCUUCUGUCCCGUCUGCAAGGAGUUCCUGUGUUCCACCUGCGCCCGAGUACACCGGAAUCAGAAAAUAACCAAAAGCCACGCCCUCCAAAACAAAAACAUUAUGCCUCCCUCAUUUCGCGAAGAGAGUGAAGAUGAAAAGUUUAUAGAAACUUGUCAGCUUCAUGCUAAAGAGUUUAUCAAAUAUUACUGUCCAAGUCAUGAUGCACUUUUGUGUGGAGACUGUUUAGUUGAGAAUGACGAACAUCGCUCUUGCAAAGUAGAGAAAAUCAUGCAAGUGGCAAAACAAUACCAGCAGGGUGCAGAAUACAACCGCCUGAAAACAGGACUUGUUCAGACGGCCAGUAACAUUGGCAAACUUUUACACGACAUACAAGCGAUCAUGAAAUCAGUUGACGAAGAAAGCCUAACCAAUAUCAAUGAGCUUCGCAAAUUCAGGAAUGAAAUUAACCAGUACCUGGAUCAAAGGGAGAACGAACUGUUGGCAGAAAUUGAUCAGAAGAAACGAACAUCCAAGAGACUGCUGAAUGAACUGAAAUUAAAAUGCACAAACAUGAACUCAUCCAUUGAGCAACUAAAGUCGGAGCUUCAAGCACAGGACGGCAAUGGCAACCAGCUAUUAAUAUUAGGAAAACGAGCUAUAAAAUGGCUUGCGCGUCUCCAGACAGCCCUGGAAGAGAUGCGUAGGAAGAGUGAAGUUCCCCGAUACAAGUUUCACCGGGACCCCGCAAUUGAGCAGUUAAUAGCUUCUAAAAAGACAAUAGGACGGUUUCAAGAGGGCGAAUCAACGUCGGCGUUAGAUCAGCAACAACGACAACAGAGGACUUUGCCACAACAACUCCAUCAACACUUUAUAGCCUUAUCAUUUAAAGGUGUAUCUGCUUCGGCGGUAGGGCAGCAAGAACGACAACUACUGAAGGAGCAGCUACCACGGCAACACGAAACGAUGCAGCAACAACAAGGCAGUGCAGACCUAAGCCAGUUCAAGUUCAGCACACAGCCUGACAUUUCAGUGAAGACAAAAGGUGAUACCAGUGACUGCUUCCUGACCAGUGCGGCCCUCCUACCUGGGAACAGGGUUCUACUGGUAGAUUGCGCUAACUACUCGUUGAAACUGGUGGAUACCGAAAAUAACCAGCUGGUAUCCAAGGUGAAACUGACUGAUGAGCCAUGGGACCUGUGUCUCCUGCCCGGGGACAGGGCAGCCGUCACUCUGCGUGGGAAGAAGAAGAUACAGUUCGUAUCUACUCAGGGAAAUGUCACACUACAGGAUGUUGUUAAAAUAGAUGGACAAUGUUUUGGAAUAGAUUUCUGUGAUGGCAACUUGAUAGUGUCCUUCCCAUGGGGGAUUGUGUUGAUGGACAUGAAGGGAAAUGUGAAGAAGAGUGUGGGCACAGACAGCAGUGGAAAACCUUUGUUUAUGUUUCCUGAGUAUCUGACAGUGACUAGAAAGGGCCACACUCCUCCGGCCAUCUAUGUUUCAGACCCGGGCACCAACACCAUAACCAAGCUGAGCAUCUCACUAGAGGUGCUAGAGACGUACACCGAUUCGAUACUAAAAUCACCACGUGGUCUGGCAGCCGUGGGGGACAACCAGCUGCUCGUGUGUUACAGUAACAACAUCCUGUUACUGGACACGCUCACCGGCAAGAUAACCCAACUGCUUGGGGAGGAAGAGGGGAUACAGUGGCCAAAUAAUGUGGCUUACUGCCCAAAGCAAAAGAUGAUGUUUGUUGCAUGUUGCUCUGGGUUCAAUUACUCCGUGAAAGUCUUCAAAAAUGUGUAACAAUUGAAGUUAUUUAUUUCAAAAUAUUGUAUAAUUAUGUCUUUGUGAAAAAGCAUACGUUUUCAAAUUUUACUUAUUUAAUAGAGUAUUUUAAUAACAAAAUAAUGUUUAUACUGUUAUAUUGCUAUGCCAACAAGAAGAAUAGGAUAUUUGUCACACGCAGUUAUCGCAACAGACCUGAUUUUGAAAUAUGCGUGAAAGUAUUCAACUUAGUACAGGUUAUUAUCAAGUUUUCCACUUGAUAUAAGUGUAAUCUAUAUAUCCUAUGUGAACCAAUUGUAAUGCUUUAGAACUUUUGUAACGCAAAUGUAAUGUGUGAACUAAUUGGAGUGUGUAAGAACAAUUGCAAUGCUCAUUAUUUCAAAAUGUAUUCUAAAUAAUUCCACGUUAAAAGGUUUGACUGAAAAUUUGACGUUUAAAUUAUAUUGAAUUCUAACAAUUUCUAAAAGUGACACGUCGUUUAAUAACUUGUUAUAAGAAAAGAAUAUAUGUUUGUGUAUUAUUAGUUUAAAUGUAACAAGCCGUUUUGUGUAUGGAUUAUAACCACAUGUUGGCUUCCCUCCGCACGAGAACGAAGUGUGCGUAACUGGUGAUAAUUAUCUUAAAUUAAAUGAACUGUUUGAAAGUCAUAAAGCUUAACUAUUUUAUAUG